AGGGGUGCUCAGCAGCAGCCGCUGCAGCAAGACCUGGCCUGAGGGCACCCAAAGGCGGCAGAUGUGGCAUUGGGUGGGUGUGUGGGUGUGUGUGUAUACACCCCCCCCCCCGCACACACAGGCUUUGGAAAUCCGAUUUGGACUGCCAUCCUCUGCCCUGCCGCCUGGGAACCAGCAUAAGACCAGUCAGACCUGGGGGGGCGGAAGGAAGGAAGGAAGGAAGGAAGGGGUUCCUUCUUACACCCCCUGAUUCAACCACCCAGGGAAAUAAGCCUCACAAUGACUAAGUGCAGCCUUCACGCCACCGCCGCUGCUCUGCUAGGACUGGGGAGACCCGCCUCCAAAUCCCCGCCCAGCCCCGGGCGCCUCCUCUGGGCUGCUCCCUUCUCUCUCUGCCCCACAAAGGCCGUGGGAGGUUAGGCAGAGCCAUGUCCGGCAGGUAGCGCGGUCGCGACACGUCCACGGAAAGAGACACACGAAACAGGACCACGUAGCUCUGUGGCUGCUGCUGCUGCCGCCACCCUAGAAUGCUUUCUAGCCGCCUCAACUGCCAGUGGGACCCGCCCCCCCCCCCGCUUUGAACUGUAACAUUCCGAAGUGAUGGGAUGAGGUCGACACCGGGUCGCCGUGGCCUGCUGGAAGACGGGGCUCCCUGACGGGGUCAUCAUGUGGCCAGUUGCCGUUGACUCCAGACCUCACCUUUGCAGGUUAUGAAAAGGAGACCCCUUGCAGAGACCUGGAUGGAGUUUUGUGACAGGCCGUCUGGUGGAACCCAGAGGAGGAGCAGCCCCCGCAGUGCGCAAUGGAGAAGCCCCCCCGCAAGGAACGGAAAGCGCACUUGUUCUCGAAACCGAGCACCAGACCAGCCGUGAUACUCCCCGACAGCAGUCAACCAGGACGGAAGAAAGUCAGCGACAAGACUGUGGUGACCGGAGGUGCUGGCUAUUUUGGAUUCACUCUGGGCCGCGCCUUGGCCAAAUCGGGCACCAGCGUCAUCAUCUACGACAUUCAGAAACCACUGUGGGAAGUUCCUCCCGGAGUCGUCUUCAUUCAGGCAGACGUGAGGCAUUACGAAGACUUCUACACAGCCUGUGAAGGGGCGGACUGUGUCAUUCACGCCGCGGCGUAUGGCAUGACGGGCAUAGAACAGCUGCGCAGGAAACGCAUCGCGUCUGUCAACGUCGGCGGGACCAGCGUAGUCAUUGAAGUCUGCAAGCAACAGAAUGUCCCCAGGCUGAUCUACACCAGCUCAAUCAAUGUGGUAUUUUCAGGGCAACCCAUUAUUGACGGGGAUGAAGAGAGUGUGCCCUAUUUCCCCCUAGACAAGCAAGUUAAUGAAUAUUCCAAAACCAAAACCAUAGCAGAGCAAAUGGUCCUGGCAGCUAACGGAACAUCCCUCGCAGGAGGUGGCAGGCUGUAUACGUGUGCUCUUCGCCCGCCUGGCAUCUACGGGCCAGAAGAACAAAGACAUUUGCCUCGACUGGCAUUGAAUACAGAACGGGGGCUGUUCCUUACCAGGAUUGGGGAUCCUAAAAACCUGAUGACCUGGGUUCAUGUCAAAAACCUUGUGCAGGCGCAUAUCCUCGCUGCUGAUGCUCUCACACCUGAAAAGAACUACAUCGCCGCUGGCCAGGCGUAUUUUAUCAAUGAUGGUGAAAAAGUCAACCUUUUUGAAUGGCUAGCUCCACUCUUUGAAAGGUUAGGUUUCAGGAAACCAAGGAUCCGUGUCCCUAUUUUUGGAGCUUAUCUGACAGCUGUACUAGGGGAAUAUUUGCACCAGAUAAUGAGGCCAUUUGUCGAAAUCACGCCGCUGAUCACCCGAAACGAGGUGAAUAAUUUUCGCUGCACACACACCUUCAAAAUAGACAAAGCCCGCUCUCAGCUGGGCUACCAGCCAAAGAAGUACGAGUUUGCCGACUGUGUGGAUCAUUACCUGAAGAGCCGGCCCCGCAAGAGGAACUUCUUCCUGCUGAAAUGCUUCCUGUGCUUCCUGCUCUUUGUCGGUCUGGUUAUCCUGGCUGUCAGAUAUGAAGAAGUCCGCGUGUUCCUUGCCGGACUCUGGAUCAAGUAUCACUACCUGAUUGAAUAAAGGGGCCCCUGCCAGCCACGAGGGAGGGAGGGAGGGAGGGCAGCCGCCUUCUCGGGAGACCAUCCCGUGGUGGCCUCUUUUUGCGGGGAGAGGUGCCUGAGCUCCAGCCUAGGAAGCCCACAGCUACGAGAAGAGGGAGAAGCAUCACCACCUGGGCCGUUGUUCUGGGAUCAGAUGUCCCAAGAAGCACUUCACUGCCCCCAGAAUCCCCCUGAGCACUUCUGAAGGCCAGAAGGCCAAAUAAGAUCACCCAGAAGAAAAGGACCACGCCGGGGGGGGGGGGCUUUUCCAGUGCCCAGGAGAGCCCUUCUCCAGUCAUUCCCUCAGCUGCUUGUCAAACUGGAAGGCAGGAGCCCUCGAAGGAGGAUGCCCCAAGGACCCCAAACCCCAUGAACUAGCAACAGCUCUCCAGAGAAACGCCAAGGCCCUCCUUCUACCACUGUGUGUUGUUGUUACACGAAACAGAAGCAGGUGAACAACCCCCAACUGCCCAUGUUACGUCUUUCGGUGCCUGACUUCGGGGCGGCAACACCCAAGAGGUGGAAAUAAAACUGCACUUUAAAACCCA